AUGACAUUAACACAAGUAUCAACUUGGUUUGCGAACGCACGACGACGCUUGAAAAAAGAGAAUAAAAUGACUUGGUCACCACGAAAUCGUACGAACGACGACGACGAUGAUGAUCGACAAGGCGCCGGUUCCAACAGUGAUGUUAGUGAUGAUGAAUGCAGUUCCCCACCAGCACGAAUAACAACACAAAAUCAUUAUUCAUCAGCUCCAGUCAUCGUUCUUCAACAUCAACAAACGACUAAUAACACUUCGUCAUCGAACACUACUACCACAUCAUCAUCAACAACAACAGACGAAUCACCACCAUCGCGCAAACGAAAAUUAGACGACAUCGAACCAGUCGAAAGAAAGAAAUCCUCUGGAAUCUGGUCACUUGCUGAUAUGGCAGAAAAAAAUCCUCCUCGAUCAUCUUCAAUAUCUCUUCAAGAAAGACAAAAUACGACAAGUCAAACAACAUCAACUAUUGGUGCAUUUAAACCUUUCAAAUGA